AUGGACCCCUGCCAUGUUGGAUUUACCAAUGGCGGGAAGAUACUGGCCUUAGACCUUGAAAUUUAUAACAAUGGCGGCAACUCACUAGAUCUGUCCCUUGCAGUCUUGGAGCAUGCUAUGUUUGAGUCGGAAAAUGUCUAUGAUAUACCAAAUAUAAGAGUCAGUGGGAAAGUAUGCUUUACAAAUUUCCCAAGCAAUACUGCCUUUAGAGGUUUUGGUGGUCCACAAGGUAUGUUGAUCGCAGAGAAUUGGAUUCAUCACAUGGCUAUGGAACUCAAGCGGACUCCAGAGGAGAUAAAAGAACUUAAUUUCCACAGUGAUGGAGCUGUGCUUUAUUAUGGCCAGUUGGUGCAGAACUGUACAAUACAUUCGGUUUGGGAUGAACUAAAGGCAUCUUCUAAUUUUGUGGAGGCUCGCGAAGCUGUAAAUGUCUUUAACAGCAAUAAUCGUUGGAGGAAGCGAGGAAUUGCUAUGGUUCCCACAAAAUUUGGCAUAUCAUUCACUACAAAAUUUAUGAACCAGGCUGGUGCUCUUGUGCAAGUUUACACUGAUGGUACUGUCCUGAUAACGCAUGGUGGGGUUGAGAUGGGGCAGAGUUUACACACAAAGAUAGCCCAAGUUGCUGCCUCGUCACUAGAUAUCCCUCUAAGCUGUGUAUUUAUCUCAGAGACAAGUACAGACAAGGUUCCAAAUGCUUCACCAACAGCAGCUUCCGCCAGUUCUGAUUUGUAUGGUGCUGCAGUUUUGGAUGCUUGUCAGCAAAUAAUGGCUCGGAUGGAACCCAUUGCUAGUAGGGGCAACUACAAGUCUUUUGCUGAGUUAGCUGAAGCAUGCUACAUGGAACGAGUAGAUCUUUCUGCUCAUGGGUUUUAUAUCACCCCCGAUAUUGGGUUUGACUGGGUUGCUGGCAAGGGAACUCCAUUUAACUAUUUCACCUAUGGAGCUGCAUUUGCAGAAGUUGAGAUUGACACCUUAACUGGGGAUUUCCACACAAGGACAGCUGAUAUUGUCAUGGAUCUAGGCUAUUCAAUUAAUCCAGCAAUUGAUAUUGGCCAGAUUGAAGGAGCUUUCAUCCAAGGUUUGGGUUGGGCUGCCAUGGAAGAGCUAAAAUGGGGGGAUGACAACCACAAGUGGAUCCGACCUGGACACCUUUUCACUCAUGGACCCGGCUCUUACAAAAUACCCUCUGUAAAUGAUAUACCUCUCAAUUUCAAGGAUUCACUGUUGAAG